UAGCUCAUAUAUUUUUAAAAUACUAUUAUUAUAAAAUGGAAAAGAAGACAUCAUCUUCUAAAAUUCGAUCGAAACCUAGUUUUAAAGAGGAGAGGCUAACAGACUUGGCUACUAAAAUUGAUGAAACCGAUGAGAUGAAACUUAAAAUGUUAGCAGCACUUGAUAAACCAGAUCCUGAAGAUGUUUUAUAUCCACCAGAACUAAAUGCUCAUCUCAUUGAACAAUUAAAGGUAAUGACAUGCGAAAAUAACGAACUACGUAAAUGUGUUUUUACAAAAAAUCAAGAAAUUAAGGAACUUAAUAAAACUGUUUCCGAUCUCAAUCAACGUAUCCGUGAUAUAAUAUCUGGUACUGGACCAGCCAUAUCUUCCAAAUCAGCCGGCAUUAUUAGUGCAAAAAUUACGGAACUGUGCAAACAGAAUCGACACUUGGUAGCCGAAGUUGAAGGCUAUAAAACAAAAAAUGCCGCUUUAGAAAGAAAAAUUAUGCAAUUUGGUUUAAUUAAUAAAGAAAAUGAAAAAUUAGAUUUAUGCAUAUGCAAGGACGAACCUAUCGACACAAGUUCUGAUGAACUCAAGGAGCUCAAUAAUAAACUGACACUGGUUAAUAGAAAAUUAUAUGAAAGCAAAAACAGAAAUUUAGAAUUAAAGAAUGAUAUACUAAUAGCUACUAAAAUUCUCCAGCAAGAGUUGGGUGAUAAAUUUACAAGUAUUAAAGAGCUACAAAAUGAUUUGGCAGGUUGGAAGGGAAGGGCUCAGCAAAUAGUAUUACUACAGGCGAGGAUCAGUGAAUUAGAACAAAAAUUGAAUGGAAAACACAAAGAUCUUAUUGAAGCAAAAAGAAAAGAUCAAAUACAGGUUAUAAGAGAAAUAGAAGCAAAAAGAAAGAAAGAAAUAGAUAUAGCUAUGAAAGACUUGGAAACUUUAAAAGAAGAGAAUCAAGACUUAAAGAAAAAAUUGGAUGGAUCACGCUGUAGGAUCAAAAAUUUAGAGUGUGAUGCUACUACUAUUAGACAAAAGAUACAGACAUUUGUUGAGAAAAGUAAUCAUGAUGAUUUACUGAUUAAUGAACAAAGGAAUCAAAUAAAGAGCUUAGAGUUGUAUUAUCAAGAAAUUUUAAAAGAAAAUACAUCUAAGAUGAACAAAAUGAACUGUGAAAUAGUAGAGUAUCAGAAACUGAUUAAAAAUACAGAUGCGAAAAUAGAUGCCCUUAGGAAACAGGCUUCCGAAAAAACGGCCAAAAUCGAUGAACUUAGAGCACAACUUCUAAGGUAUGAGGAGUGUUCCUUGCAAAGUGUUUUCUUUACACCCAUGAAAACGGCUACAGAUAACGAGAUAAAAAAACUAUCCGAGUUAGUAAUAAAUCUCAACAAUAGACUAGAUAUUGAAAGACGUAAGUGGGAAGACCUGGAGGUUGUCCAUCGGAAAUUAAAAGAAAGGAAACGUAGACUUGAAAGAAGAAUACUCUCUCUUGAAGAGGAUAUAAAGAAUUUAAAAGAUUGUAAAAGAGGAUCGAGACUAUCUAAAACCUCUUUACAUAGGGAACAGAUAUAUGAAUAUGGGCUGGGGUCUACUUCUGUAUCAAAGAAGCAAUCAGUGACCGCAGUAGUUGACAAACCGAGUGAGACUUCCUCUGAAUCUCAGCAACUUGAAGCAUAUGACUCGCUUGAUAAGGAGGAUUUAAAGUAUAAAUUAGAAUUAUCAGAAGAAAAGUUAAAAAUUAUGGAAGAUAAAUUGAGAAUGAUUGAAGAAGAAAAACGUGACGAUUAUAAUCAUUUAACCGAGAUGAUACAAACAUCAAAGCAGUUAUUUAACGAAGCUUUAUCUGUUUUACAGCGCGAAAAGUGUCUUUGUUCUUAAAUUUGAUUAAAAACAUUGUUUCUAUAAUUUUCAAUAAA